CUACAUAGAAAGGGCUGAAAAGCACCUUUUUACACUUGGCUGAAGCCCACGGAGGCAGUUUGGAGACGUCCGCGCCCUCUUUUCAUUCUUUCGCUUUCUCCUUCACCUCGGUACUUUCCAGCUGAAAGUGUGCGACGUGACGAUAUAACAGCAAUUCACACGGAGUUUUACAAGGAACCAUGGAUCAUAACUUAGAAAUCCCCCUUCAUGAAUCCUCACUCAACAUUGUAAAACAAAGUAGAUCUGCUCUGAGUCAUAUCCUCGACAGCAAAUUUGGAUGUGUGGUCACCUUCGAAGGUGUGGAUUUUGAGAGUGAUGUGAGCUUUGGACAGCAGAAGCGGCAGACUGUUGUCCCAGAGAAGAGGUUUUCUGUCAAGCUGCCUGCAGGUGUUGAGGUGUCUGUGUGGAAGGCUGAUCUUACCGAUUUCAAAGUGGAUGCUGUUGUCAAUGCUGCCAACUCUUUUCUUCAGCAUGGUGCUGGCCUUGCUCAAGCUCUGUGUGAAGCUGGUGGUCCUCAAAUCCAAAUGGAGAGUAAAGAUUACAUAUUCAAACACGGUUCCUUACUAACAGGAGAAGCAAUUGUCACUAAUGCUGGGUCGCUGCCAUGCAGGAAGAUAAUUCAUGCUGUGGGUCCACAACUGUCACCUAACCCCUCCUAUCCUGAAGUUUCACAUGCUGAACCUUUUUUGAAAACAACCAUCACGAGUAUUCUUCAGAAAGCUACACAAUAUCGUCUGGACAGUGUUGCCAUUCCAGCUAUAAGCUCUGGAUUGUUCAGCUACCCCCUGUCAGACUGUGCAAAAACUAUAGUGUCAACUGUGAAAGACUACUAUGAAAGAUUUCCCCAUCGACAACCUCCUACAAAGAUCUUCUUUGUAAACCACGAUGAGCCAACAGUUGCAGAAAUGCACAGGGCCUGCCAUCGCAUCCUAGAUCCCAACCAAUCUAACCAAAGUUUGUCAUACAGCCAAGCAGCAGAAAGGAACACCAGGAGUGCUGCCAAAACAUCAAACAUCCAGAUUGGAAGCGUUCUUAUAACCCUGAAGAGUGAUAAAAUUGAGGAUCAGAAGACAGAUGUCAUUGUAAACACAGCAUCAUCUGACAGAAAUCUGAACAAGGGUCAGAUCUCAAAUGCUUUGCUGAGCAAAGCAGGCGACAGAAUGCAGGAUGAAAUACUAAAGCAUUCUCCAGGGAAGCAAGUUGUCAUCACAAAUGCGUACAAACUACGGUGUAAGGAGGUGUUUCACACUUUCUGCAGUUUCAAUAAUCAACAAACAGCAGCAUACAAGUCCCUUUCUGAUUCAGUACGGGAAUGUUUAUGGUUGGCAGCUUCAAAAGGCCACAAGUCAAUCUCCUUUCCUGCCAUCGGAACUGGACACCUCGGGUUUCCUAAACAAGAAGCUGCAAACAUAAUGUUAGAGGCAGUGGCUGACUUUGCCCAAACAGCUCAAAGAAAGAUGGAUGUUUACUUUGUCAUAUUUCCUUCUGACCGUGACACAUUUCAGGCUUUUGAGGGACAAAUGAAAUCUCUCCAGCACAAAAUCUCCAACUCCAGCUUCAGACAAGGAUUUGAUAACAAAGAAGACUUAAGAUUCAACAAAGCUCCAACUCCACAGAUCAGUUUGAGAAGUCCUUGUAAAGAAUCACUACAUGAGGCUGAAAAAUGGCUCACUCACCUUCUCUUCAGGCCCCCUCAAUCCACGGUUAUCUACAACAACUUCAUCCAGCACCUGAGUGAGAAGCAAUACCUGCAGCUCUCUCGUCUAACCAGAAAGGGUGUUAAGUUUGAGGAGUUUUUGUCCAAGGGUCACGCCUGGCUAAAGGUUGAUGGGCAUUCAGUUGAGGAUGUUGUAGGUGCUGUGUUGGAGGUGGAGGCCAUGCUCUGCACUGUCCAGGAGGAGUUUGUCAGAGAAGAGGAGGAUGAAAUGUGCAAAUUGUUAGCUGAAGUGCCUCGUGAAAGAGAAAGAAAGACAAAAACAGUGGACAACUCAAGCUCGGAGUUCAAAAACAGAAUACCUGCUUUUAAAAAUCUUGGUCUGUGGAUAUUAAAGGUGGACAAAGUGGAGAACUCAACAUUGAAGAAGCUGUUUGACCUCAAGAAAAACCAGCUGGGGUGCUCCUCUGAGAAAAUGUUUCAGCGCAUACCUGCACAGUUCUGUGAGAUGGUUAGCCACAUUGGUUUCCAUUCAGAGUGUGCGCCACCUAAAGACCCAAAAUAUGGAGAAGGCAUCUACUUUGCUGGGACAGUGAUGGAGGCCAUAGACGUUUGGAAGGAGGAAAAGGAUAAGUAUUUGUACUUUGUGGAGGCUGACGUGCUGAGAGGGGACUCCACCAAGGGUCAGCAAGGUCUCAUUCUGCCACCUGCUAAAGGGACAGAUCCACAAGUUAGGUAUGACAGUGUGAAAGGAGGGUCUGACAUCUCUGUCAUAUUUAGCAGUUAUCAAGCCCUGCCCAGGUACAUCAUCACCUGUGAGAAAAGACAAGCUCAAGGAUAUUCAGUAUGAGCAUAUUUACUAUCAGAAAAAAAAGAAAUGUUUGUAUCAGUUAUAGACUCGAUAUAAUGGAUAUUAGUAGCAAAAUAUGAAGGAAUGACUGGGCUUAUUUUUCUCAUAAUGUAUUGCUGAAUAAUGGCAGCAGCAAGUUAUCAAAAUGUAUUUUAUCAUAGCAGUACUGCAAGGAGUAGAACCAAUCAUAUGUUUAUCAAUCAAGAUUACGCUUAAUAAUGUGCGUUUUAUAUCAACAUUGUAGUUUUUAGAUUGAAAGGGUUCAUUUGUUUAGUGACAUCUCAUGACUCCAUAAAUUUAGACAUGAUUAUAACAGCAAAUACCACAAUAAAUAUGAAAAGACUUUAAUCUAGCUUUGCUUGUCCAUAAAAUAAUGGUGGUAGUGAACUCCAUGAUGAAUGGGAGAAUGAGUCAUGAUGGACAUGAGUAGUUACAGUUUUCCUGAUGUUGAUGUCAGAAUGAAAUUAAAAAUAAAAAUUGUUGUUUGUUUGAGGAAUCUGGACUUAUUUUAUGUUUUGUUUUUAUAUUUUUGUUGUAACAACAUUUAGUGAAAUAUGGAAAAACAACUAUUAAACACAGCAAAGCUU